AGUGUUGUUCAAGCUUGUGCGCUUGAUCCAGAGGCGCUUCAGUCCGUCUUGUAAAACAGAGGCUUGCCCGCUGUCUUCGUAAGUUCGAACCAGGUCCACAAAGUUUAGUGGGUGACUUAUUAGUCGAAUAGGACUACUUGAUCCUAGUCUAUAGUACAUUUUACAUUUUUGGAGCUUUACGCGCUCCGUCAAAUCCGUGCGUAAUACCCGUUUGUUCACUCAGGAAAGUUUGCGCGCAUCACUCCUUUUUUAUUUGUUUGUUGUAUUUGUUAAAACGUCUGAGAUGAAAGCCGUCAAAAUGGUUCCAUCACUUCUGCCGGCGCUGCUUCUGCUGGUGCUGAUGCAGUCCAGCGUUCUCUGCGUGCGGAGGUUCCGGGGCGGCCGCAACCCGCAGCAGCAGCGCCGCUCGCCGCCUCCUCCCACGCACCGGGCGGACAGGGGCGACACCACGGAGAGCUUUCCUCUGGACUUCACCGCCGUGGAGGAGAACAUGGAUAACUUCAUGACGCAGGUGAAGAACCUCGCGCAGUCCCUGUACCCGUGCUCGGCGCAGAAGCUUGACCACGACAUGAAGCUGAACUUCCUGGUGAACACGUCGGUCACCUGCAACGACGGGAGUCCCGCCGGGUACUACCUGAAAGAGUCUCGAGGCAGCAGACGCUGGUUGAUAUUCCUUGAAGGCGGCUGGUACUGCUUCAACAAGGAGAACUGCGACAGCCGAUACGAGACCAUGAGGCGCUUUAUGAGCUCUUCCAAGUGGCCCCAAACUAAAAGAGGCACGGGGAUCCUGUCUCCACUGCCGGAGGAAAACCCUCACUGGUGGAACGCAAACAUGGUGUACAUUCCCUACUGCUCCAGUGACGUGUGGAGCGGCGCUACGGCCAAGACAGAGCAGAGUGCGUAUGCCUUCAUGGGCUCCCUGAUUAUCCAGGAGGUUGUAAAGAAUCUCCUGAGCAAAGGUCUGGACAACGCCAGGGUCCUUCUGUUAGCAGGAAGCAGUGCCGGCGGCACCGGGGUCCUCCUGAAUGUGGAUCGCGUAGCUGAGCUCCUGGAGGGGAUGGGGUACGCUGGCAUCCAGGUGCGGGGCCUGUCCGACUCGGGCUGGUUCCUGGACAACAAACAGUACCACUGCACGGACUGCGUGGACACCAUCGGCUGCACGCCGACCGAGACUAUCAAGAGAGGAAUCAAGUAUUGGGGAAGCGUGGUGCCCGAGAGGUGCAGGCAAAGCCAUGAGGGAGAGGAGUGGAAUUGUUUCUUUGGAUACAGAGUCUUCCCUUCAAUUAAAAGUCCUGUGUUUGUGGUCCAGUGGCUGUUCGAUGAGGCCCAGUUGACAGUGGACAACAUCCAGCUAACAGGCCAGCCUGUGCAAGAAGGCCAGUGGCGCUACAUCCAGAAUCUGGGAAUUGAGCUGAGGAACACGCUGAAAGAUGUCCCAGCUAUGUUUGCUCCAGCAUGCCUGUCACAUGAAGUUAUCACCAGAAACUACUGGAUCGACGUGCAGGUGAAAGGGACCUCUCUGCCCCGGGCCCUGCACUGCUGGGACCGCAGCCUCCAUGACAGCAGGAACAACAAGGCGCCGCCCAAAGCCUGCCCCGUGCAUCUGAUUGACAACUGCCCCUGGCCUCACUGCAACCCCACCUGCCCGACCAUCCGGGACCAGUUCACGGGGCAGGAGAUGAGCGUCGUGCAGUUCCUCAUGCACAUGGGCUUCGACGUGCAGAAGAUGGCUCAGCAGCAGGGCAUGGACCCGAGUAAACUACUGGGCAUGCUCAGCAGUGGCAGCUAAAAGGGACCGACAGUCCUAUUUUAAGCUAGAACCAAGCAGGACUGGACGGUCUCUCUAGCCUGUCUCCCAUAACCGAUACCUCUGUAUCCCCCCCCCCCCCAACACACACCUCACAUCCCAUUCUGUUGCUUUCUGACCUCCUGUCAUCCCAGGUGCUUCGAUUUGAACCUGAAGUCGGGUUUAACACACCAGUCUCCACCACGACCAGGCACCACUACCACAAAUGAUCUUUUUUUUUUUUUUUUUUUUUUAAAAAGCAAAAACAAACUAACGUUGUGAAUGUAAUCCAGUUUUGAGUAUGCUACAACGGACCUUGCGUCUAUAGUGCUGUCAUCGUUUUGUACAGAAUAGAUUAAGUCAACUCAAUGAUGGUACAAAAAACAAAAUGCUGUUUAUAUUUUAGGUAGUCAGUAGAGUUGAUAACAAACAAGAAAAAAGCUGUUACCUCUUGUGUAUUAGAGAUUUAUUCCCUUAGAUGUCUAGUUUCUAAUAGAAAAGCACAUCAGGUGAUGUGUUUAGCAAGAAACAGGGUAAAAUUAUGAGAAAAGCACGUAGUCCGCAAAGCUCUAAAACGAGGAGGAAAAAAAAACAAGUGAAGGGUGCUUUUAUUUUAUAUGGAAGGUACCCAAAUGGAAAGUGGCCAGAUUGCAUCGACGGUUCAUACUGCCAUAACCGUGAAAAUAAGCUGACAAAGUUGGAAAUAGGUACUGGCUGGUUAGAGAUUGUUACGAUAUGAUAAGCUUAAGUAAAAGCACCACAGUUUCAUGGUAUUUGCCCCGAGAUUUAAAGCAAAAAGGUGCAAAUUGAUUUGAUUUAAAACAGAAAAUGGCAAUUAUUCCAACCGCUUCUAGAAUGACCAAACAUUUUCAUUAUAACUGCUAUUCAUUAUAUAUGCUAUCCUAAUAUAUAAUAAUGCACAUAAUCAGUGCCAUUCCAUUUCAUAAUCUAUACUAUAGUCAAUAAAAAUCAGUUCUGAAGGAUGAUUUUUUUUCCUCUCCAUUAAGCAAGCUUUUUACAAAUAAAAGAACACCAACACCUUGAUGAAAACAGUUAAAUGUGUGGGAAAGUCAUGAUCUGAUGCCUCACUAAAGUGAAAUU